AUGUCGGCCAAGAUCGCAAAGACUAUUGCACGUCAGAAAGAAAAGAUUGCCGAAGGCAGCUUUUACGAGGCGCACCAACAACUCCGCGUCAUCACCGCCCGCUAUCUCAAAGCCUCCGACUACGCCUCGGCCUGCGACGUGCUGUACAAUGGCGCCCUGCUCCUCCUCCGCGCCGGCCAGGGCGGCUCGGGCGGCGACCUGGCGCUUAUGCUGCUGAACGACGUCUACGUCAAGGGCGAAUACGCGUGCAACGACGAGAAUAGAAAGAGGGUGUUGGAGAUAUUCCACGCGUUUCCCACGGACGAACCCACUCGGAAGAGAUUUGUGAGUGAGAUGGUGAACUGGAGUGGGAAGUGGGGGGACCUGGAGAGGGGAGAUGCAGAGAUUCAUCACGAGGUGGGCAAGGUGCUUGCAGAAGAGGGCGAAGCGUACGACGCCGAACGGCAUCUCGUCAUCGGCACGCCAGCCUCUGCCCCUGUCCUCGCCAGCUUACACUACGUCUGGUACAAGCUGGAUCAGCCACACCUGGCACCCAUCUACGCCUCCCGUUCCGUGCUGCCCUACUUGCUGGUCGGCAACCUCUCCAGUGCGAACACGGCCCUGUCGACCUUCACGUCCCACCUCACCACCCAGAACCCGAACUUACUGUCGAUGUCUCAACCUCUGGAGUCGGCCAAGUCAGGCCUCUCGCUGCGAAUCUUCCCUUCGAUCCCUCUCCUCAACUUCCUGUCUCUUCUGUUGCUCUCGUGUCAGAAAGCCGACGCGACUUUGUUCCGCCAGCUCGCCAAGUUCUACGCCCCGCAUCUGAAGGAUCUGGAGGGGUUGUGGAGCGAGCCCCUGGCACAUAUUGGCGAGAUCUGGUUCGGCAUCAAGAUCCCCAGGCAGAACACCGGGAAUCCUCUGUUUGAUAUGAUGGGCAGCAUGCUCUUCGGUGGGCAGCAGUCGGGACCCAAAGCGGCAACGCCACGGACGGGCACACCGAAGCCUGCCGCCCGGAAAGAAAUCGAGAAGCCGCCGACGAUGGAUUUGGAUUGA